AUGAAUACUGUCGAUAUCGAGCCACCUGUUUAUGCUAGGAUUUCUCCAUCAGCCGAGAAAGAGAAGGUCGAACAAAGGCCGAGAGGAUGGGCAAGCCGGAGGUAUCCGUCCCGCGAUCUGGAAAGUGGAACAAGUGGCAGUGAGACUAUGGUAUCUUCCGGCGCAAGACAUUAUUCCGCCCGGUCAAUGCCAGUAUUUGACGAUGAGUACUUCUAUAACUACGGUAAACAGCCUCGAAUGAGCCGCUGGCAGAAGUCAGAGAUGAAAUACCGACGUUGGUUGGACACUAUGACACAACGACGCAGAACAAAGCUGGUUUUCCAGGUCAUGUUGGCAGGGAUGAUAGUGGGUAUACUUUUGGGGCUGGCAUUUGGCAUUUCAGAUGAAUAG